UGGUGGUGGUUGUGGUUGUUGUUGGGGGGGGUUGAGGGGCUGAGCCGACUCCACACGGAAGUCUCCGAGUGGACUCACUCAGCCAGCCACACACCCACCCAACCACUCGGCAGCAGCAGCAGCAGCAAGCAUUGGGAACAACUACGAGCAGACCGCUUCUGUCAAUUAACACUGGAAUGUGUCACGUGUCCUGUCAGGCCAGGUGAGUGCUGCUACAGCUGCUGCUGCUACAGCUGCUGCUGCUGCAGCUGCUGCUGCUGCUGCUACAGCUGCUGGUGUUAUUGGAAGUGACCCGCAGCACAUAUCUGAAGGAACGAGAUUGGAUUUGAAAGCACAAAGGAAGAGGACAGAUUGCAUCUCCCGAUGGCAGCUGUUGGCACGGCAGGGCAGGAGGGAGGGCGGCGGCAGCGGCGGCGCUGGGCCAACCGGCUCGAGUUCCUCCUCGUGAGCUCCGUGUACGGAGUGGGCAUGCACAACGCCACCUCGCUGCCCAUGCUCACGCUGCGCAACGGCGGAGUUUGCUUCCUGCUGGUGUACGCGCUCAUGUUCAUGCUGCUGGCGCUGCCGCUCGUCUUCCUGGAGGUGUCGCUGGGCCAGGCCACGUCCGGCGGGUGCCUCUCUUCCUGGAGCCGUACCCCCAUCCUGCGAGGCGCUGGGCUGGCGUCGCUGGUGGUCACCUCCCUGCUGAGCCUCUACCACAGCGCGCUGCUCGCCACCUGCGCCCACUUUCUGUUCGCGUCGUUCGAGGGGACUCAGCCGUGGGCCCCGUGCCAGGACGGGGGCCGCUGCCCCCCCGGCAACUCCAGCGCCGUGGGGGGCUCCCUCGGCGACCCCCCCGUCGUGCAGCUGCUGACGGGGCAGUCGCUCGGCCACCGCUACUGGAGCGACACCGUGUGGAACGCGUCCUACGGCUUCGCGACGCCCGGCGGCACCAACGCGAAGCUCGCCGGCUGCCUCCUCCUCGUGUGGCUCUGCACCUUCGCCGCCAUCGCCGGAGGCAUCCACGUCCUGGGCAAGGUGAAGUACGUGACGUCCACGGUGCCCCACCUCCUCUUCCUGGCUCUCAUUCUGGGCAUGGGCCUGCAGGAUGGCGCUCUGCUCGGCAUCGAGGAGUUCCUCGCGCCCGACGUCAGCGUCUUCGCGUACUACGACCUGUGGACGGUGGCAGGGCGAGAGGCCCUACACUCCGUGGGCAUCUCCUGGGGCGUGCACAUCACCAUGGGCUCCUUCAAUCACUACAACACCAACUUCUACAGGGACUCGAUCCUGGUGCUGCUGGCCAACAUGGUAAGCAGCCUCGCGCCGGGCAUGGUGCUGUCGGCGGGGCUGGGCUUGCUGGCGUCGCGCUGGUCCCUGGAGGUGUCGGAGCUGGCGCGCAGCAGCGGUUCGGAGAUCCUCUUCGUCACAUUCCCCGCGGCCACGGCACUCAUGCCGGCGUCGCAGGUUUGGGCCGCCCUCUUCUACCUGGCGCUCUUCCUGCAGGGCAUCUCCACACAGUUCUGCCUCGGGCUCACGCUGGCGACGGCCAUCUUUGACAAGUACCAGGGCCUGGCCCGGCUCCGCACGGUGCUGGUGGUCGCCCUCUUGACGUUCGCCGGCUUCCUCCUGAGCCUCCUCCUCGUCACCCGGGGCGGACUGCAGUGGAUCGUCUUCCUGGACUACUACACGCUGCUCGUGUCCGUGCCGUUCCAGGCGGCCGUGCUGUGGGUGGGCCUGCUGCUCAUCUACGGGUACUCGUCGUUCUGUCGAGAUGUGCGUGCGAUGCUGAACAGGGACGUGCCGUGGUUUUUCAAAAUCUGCCUCUUGUCUGUGACCCCGCUGCUUAUUCUGUUCGUGCUGGGGGACACGCUCGUCACGUUGCGGCUCCUCCACCACAUGGAGCCGGGCUUCCCUGCGUGGGCCGACGUCCUGGGUGUCCCGCUGGCGUUCCUCGCCCCCGCCUGCGUCCUGGCCUACGCCGUCUACGCGCUCGUCUUCAAGCACUCGGGCUCGCUGCGGGCGCGUCUCUGUGAAGCUACGGCUGCCAAGAGGAUGCUGCCAAACCCAUUUUCCACCGACGAAGUCGCCCACGUGGACACGCGCGAGACUGCCCACGUGGACACGCGCGAGACUGCCCACGUGGACACGCGCGAGACUGCCCACGUGGACACAGACGAGACAGAAGUCUGAGCGGCAGCUUCACCCGCACAGUUCCUGAUGGUGCCCAUGGGAGUGUGAGGUUGAGAAGAGAGUGCUGCUGGUGCUGCUGGUGCUGCUGGUGCUGCUGGUGCUGCUGGUGCUGGCUGGGUCGUGGCGCCUGCAGGUGGAGCCCACUGGUGCCGAGUCCUGGGGGGUUCAGGGCGUUCCGAGACUCUUCCUCGACUCGAAAAGAUGAAGAAGAUGAUGAUGAGAAAGGAUCUGGACAGUUCGGCAGUAAUGAAUACACAAAUGUAUAAAUGUUGAUUUUAAAGCUUUCCUGACUGCAGUAAUUCAUAUUCUUGGCUCUUUCCGGUAAAGUCACGUUGAUGGGAAACGUCGUGAGAAUUUUUAUUGUUUUUAUAUAUAUUUUAUUAUUUUAUUGUUUCCCUUCAACGUGACUUUACCGAAAGAGCUAAGAAUACACAAAUGUACUUUUAAAACCAUAGCCAUUCAGACACACACACA